AUGGAUUGUAUUGAAGUUUUUCGACAAAAAAAUUAUUCAUAUUUAAUGUUAAAUCAAGCAUUUAGUGAUGAUUCAGGUGCAUGGUGGUGGUGGAUCAAUGUCAUUGGAACACUUGUGUUUGGUUUAACUGGUUUAAUUGGUAAUUUCAUAUGUUUUUUUGUUGUUUGUCGUUUUCCAUUAUCUCAACAUUCAUUUGUUGAAUAUCUUCGUGCUUUAUCAUUUUUUGAUUUUUUUACUUUAUUCUAUGAAGUUCUUCAUUCAUCAAAUGAUUUAUUUGUGUAUUUAUUUUCUAAAACUCUUUUAAAUUUUCGUUUUUCAAUAUUUUGUAAAUUUCAUGAUUAUAUCAAACAUUCGAUUAUUUUAUUAUCCUGUUGGACAAUUGUUGUUUUAACAUUUGAUCGUUGUAUUCUUGUUUGUACUCCAUAUUCAAAAAAAUGGCCAAAUUUAUCACGUCGAUUGUGUAAUUCUACAUGUGCAAGACGUAUUCUUGUUUUCUUAAUUUGUCUUUCACUUUUAAUUAAUAUUCCACAUUUAAUUUAUAAAGAAUGGAAUUGUCGACCAAAUAACUAUGAACACAGUGCAAUUUACAAGUCUAAAGGUAUAUUCAAUCAAACAAAACGCAUUCUUGACAAACAAAUUAAUCAAAAUGAACAUUUAAGAUCUCGUUUAACAGGCACUUUAACCUUAGUUUCAUUAAUAUUUUUUAUCUUUAUAUUUUCCUUAUGCGAUUGUUCAAACAAUAUCAACGAUAAUUAUUCGUUAUUAUUCAAUUCAUUUGAAUUGUUGAAUAUCGGUGCAUUGGGAAUUAAUUUUUUUCUUUACAUUUUGGGUGUAAGUCAUUAUCGUUCAUCAGCAAUACAAAUGUUGGGUUUACAUCAUUAUGAAAUGUUUUCCAAAUAUUUAACAAUUGAACAUCGAAAUCUGCAAAGUUUCAAUGGAACAAAACGAAAUACAAGUUUAAUUUUGAAAGAUUCAUCGAAUACAAAAUUAUUAAAAGUAAUUAAAUUACCAGAACAAUGUUCAUUACCAUCGUCAAUUUAUGAAAGAUUUUCUAUAAAUAAUUUACAAUAA